UCAGGUGUGGAGCUUCACGGUGCAGCAGAGCUGGAGACAGUCUGGUCGACUAUCUGGAGGAGAAAGGAGCUCGUACUCCUCAUACAGCAGCAGGAAACAAGCUGCUUGUCCCAGUGAUAACAGCAGUCUGAACACAGCGUUGGAAAUGACUAGCAGCACUGCUGAUGCCAGGAUCAACUGUGCCAAAGUGUUGCGGUUCGUUCGGAGUCUGACCCGUAAGAAGCCUCUGGUACCGGACGACGAGGAGUCCACCUUCUGCCGAUGCCUGACCACCUUGGACCUGGUGAGUCUGGGCGUGGGCAGCACACUGGGAGCCGGGGUCUACGUUCUGUCAGGAGAAGUGGCCAAGGAGGUGGCCGGCCCCAGCAUCAUCAUCUCCUUCCUGGUGGCGGCCGUGGCUUCUGUUUUUGCCGGCUUGUGUUACGCUGAGUUUGGCGCCCGCGUCCCCAAAACAGGCUCCGCCUACCUCUACAGCUAUGUGACUGUGGGAGAGGUGUGGGCGUUUGUGACCGGCUGGAACCUGCUGCAGUCUUACGUCAUUGGAACCUCCAGUGUAGCCAAAGCCUGGACUGGGACUUUCGAUGAUCUGAUAGACAACAUUAUUGCCAAAACUCUGGGGAAACACACGCCGAUGGACUCCCCUGGCCUGGCUCUGUACCCAGACUUCUUUGCUGCUGGGCUCAUUAUGCUGCUUGCUGGGAUCCUUGCAUAUGGUGUGAAGGAGUCAGCGGUCCUGAACAAAGUUUUUACUGCAGUGAAUAUAUCUGUAUUGGUUUUUAUCAUCAUCACUGGUUUUAUAAAAGGAGACAUCAGCAACUGGCGCAUCAGUCAGGAGACUCUUUCUAAUGCAACUCAAUACGUGCAGAACGUUACGUCAGCACAAAAUGAAACGGUUGACUUUGGUGUUGGGGGCUUCUUCCCCUUCGGCAUUGACGGCACAUUGGCGGGAGCAGCAACCUGUUUCUACGGCUUUGUUGGUUUUGACUGCAUUGCCACAACAGGGGAGGAGGUGCAGAACCCACAGAAGGCUAUCCCUCUUGGGAUCGUGGCGUCCCUGUUCAUCUGCUUCUUGGCCUACUUUGGUGUGUCGGCUGCUCUGACUCUGAUGAUGCCCUACUAUCUGCUGGACAGCCACAGCCCUCUGCCUGUGGCUUUUGAAUACGUUGGCUGGGAGCCCGCCAAGUACGUCGUGGCUGUAGGAUCCCUCUGUGCUCUCUCAACAAGUCUCCUGGGAGUAAUGUUUCCGAUGCCACGCGUGCUCUUUGCCAUGGCGAGAGACGGCCUGCUCUUCAAGCCUCUUCGCUACAUCAGCUCCAGGCAGAGUCCCGUCGUCGCCACACUGUCUUCAGGAGCCGUGGCCGCGUUCAUGGUCCUGCUAUUUGACUUAAAGGCCUUGGUUGACAUGAGUUCAAUCGGGAUCAUCUUCGCCUACUCUCUUGUUGCAGUGUGUGUUCUCAUAUUAAGGUACAAGGAAGAGACAGGUUUCAUCCACAGACCGGAGCUGUUUAGUGUAAUAGGGCUGUUCAAGCCUCCAUCUCGACCCACCCGCCGCACCUCUAAAAAUGUCAACAUACUCACAAUCAUAAUUUUGGUCCUGGUGAUCGUUUUAUGCGUGCUGUUGUCCGAGGGUAUGCAUUCCCUCCGCAGGCGAGAGUGGUGGAGUUGUCUGCUCGUCUCUGUCCUCACCCUGACACUGCUCCUCGCUGUUUUUAUCAUCUGGAGGCAGCCACAGAACAGUGCUAAAGCUGCUUUCAUGGUUCCCGGUCUACCUGUAAUUCCAGUUUUAAGUGUCUUCAUCAAUACCUACCUGAUGGUUCAGCUCGGAGGAGAAACUUGGAUCAGUUAUGCUGUUUGGAUGGUUGUAGGCCUGAUCAUCUACUUCAGCUAUGGGGUUCGUCAUAGUGUCCAGAAACAAAGGCUCCGGGAGGCUCGCGCCCAACUCAACAUUGUUAAUGUGAACAAUGUUGCUGGUUGAUGUUUUGUAUUAAAUUGUGUGAGGUGUUGCAUGGAAUAAGUUAGCCAUGAAAUAUGGUUCAACUCAUCAAGGAAUUACCUUGAAACCCUUUUUUUAGUGUGAUGUCUUAGCCAGACUAACUCAUUUCUUAAAAAUGCCUGUUUUAAUGCUAACAAGUUGCUUUAUUAAAUGUAUAAGUGUUGUCAUAUUAUCCAUUAUGGCUCAUCAGUCAUUCAAGACUAUGCAAUCUUGGAUAUUGUUUGUGUUUGACACUGACUUUUAAAAAAAUACUGCUAUUAAAAAAUGAUCUAUGUUGUGGAGGGUUUUAAGUCAGUAAGAAUAAAUGGUAAUAAAUUUGUUGAAAAAAAUAAAUUUCUUUAAGUCGAUA